CUGUAUUCUCACGACGUACACAUACUAUAGAACUUUGCUGUGGAGGCUCCCUUCCUCACAACGCGGUGACCCACCACGCCGCUGGUCGAUAAGAGAGACUUCAAGCAUUUAGUAGCCCACCAGAGACUUUACCAGUUUGUCAAGGUCUUAGAAGUAUAGGUAGCUUUCAGCACACAAAAUAGACGUAGCGGGCGCUGAGAAAGACAACGCUCGAGGCGUGCCAUCGUAACUUUUGCAGAGGUCGUAGCACAAGUCAUAUGUUGCUAACGACCGUGCAACAAGAAGCCUAACCGCCACCCAAGCCACCCUUGCACCCCUCCACCUCGUAUCCUCCAACGGCAUUAUGACCUCACGGCAUCGUCCAAGCAAGCCACGCCCAACCCUGGCUCUCCUAGCCAGUGUGGCCGUACUGUGCGCGGCGCUGCUGCUGGUCGGGACCCCGGCCCCUGCCGCUGCGUCGCGCGAUCUGGCGGACGUUGUCCGGAACUAUGCGGUCGCCCACGGCUUCGAUCUGGGCUCAACCACGGAGCAUCCCGAGGGCACAUCAACAGCGGGCGAGGAAGUGACUGUUGGAGCCAUCGGCCGCAGCCUGCUGGCAAAGAAAUCGCCACCACCUCCAUCGUCCAAGCCAUCGCCUAAGCCCUCUCCAGCGCCCAAGCCUUCGCCCAAGCCGUCCCCCGCUCCCUCCCCCAAGCCCUCUCCCGCUCCUGCCCCCAAGCCCUCCCCUGCACCAUCCACCUCCACCGCCGGCAGCACCGACAUCGCCCCCACCAACCCCGCGAACGUCAACUCCACGGAUGAGAACCCUGGCCCCGCCGACGGCAACCCCAACACCCAGGGAGACGGCAAAGUGAUCCUGCCUUUCGUGCCCGACAAUGACCCGGACAUUAUCGGUCAGUGGCUGCUGAAGGCCAUUGGAAACGUUGUGGCGGUGCACCUGCUCCAAGUCCCCGGCACUGAGAAAUUCUUCUUCAUGGAGCGCCCCUCCGGCCGACACCCUGACGGCAGCACCAGCAUCGCUGGCUACUAUGACUACCAGACCAACAAGUUUAAGAACAUUGGCUACACGGAUUCCGUUUUCUGUGCCGGGCACACCGUGACGCAGGACGGACACGUGCUUGUGGUGGGCGGUCACAUCGCCAAGUCGGGUUACGGUGACGGCUUGAAGGCGGUCCGUGUGUUCUCGCGCAAGACCCUGUCCUUCCACCGCAUUGCCAACAUGACCUACCCCCGCUGGUACCCCACCGCUACGCUGCUGCCUUCUGGUAUGGUCACGAUCAUGGGCGGCACCGUCCUGCCGGGAGCGGGCACAGGCAAGAAUCCCAUCUACGAAAUCUGGGAUCCCGCCAACCCCACGCAGCUCAUGCGUCGCAACCAGUCUGCAGCCAUGGUCGCCCGCACCAAUGACAUCUACUACCCCAACACCUACGUGCUUCCCACCGGUCAUCUCUUCAUGUUUUGCAAUCGUUACGGCGAGAUUAUGGAUCCCAUGGCCGCUAAGGUCAUCACUGCUGUCCCAAACUGGAUGGCAGUUGCCAAGGGCGUCUUCACGGAGUACCCCUUCACCGGCACAAGCGCAAUGCUCACGCUCAAGCCUGAGAACAACUACACGCCUGAGGUUGUUUACUUUGGUGGCCAGUUCAGUUACGGCUGGAUCAACACGACCGCCAGCCGCGCUGCUCUGCGAAUUAAGAUCCACUGGGACGAGGCCGCCGGCAACUACACGUUCGGAGAGGGCUGGACUGCCGAGCGUAUGCCGCUCCCGCGUGUGAUGGGUGAUGCGCUCGUCCUGCCCAACGGCAAGGUCAUUGUGCUGAACGGCGCCGUCAAGGGCCUCGCGGGAGACAACGCCGCGGGAGGUGCCGCCAAGGCCAACGAGCCCGCGCUGUGGCCCGUGCUGUACGACCCGGAUGCCCCGCUGGGCUCGCGCAUGACUGUCCUGGCGCGCUCCAACAUCCCGCGUAUGUACCACUCCACCGUCUCCAUCACCACGGAUGGCUCCCUGCUGGUGGCCGGCUGCGACCGAUGCGACAAGUACUGGUGGACCUCUGCAAACAUCUCCAAGUCCCCCACGUCUUUUGCCGAGUACCGCAUUGAGGUGUUCCGCCCUCCCAUGUGGUUCAACGUCACCGCCAAGCCCAACAUCGUGUCCAUUGAUGAGGACACCUGGGACGACGAGGACGGUGUCAACGUGAUGCAGUACGGCGCGCCCUUUGCGCUCACCUACUCCAUGUUCUACGAGAGCGACAAGGUCACGAGCGCUGUGCUGGUGGCGCCCAGCUCCACCACCCACUCCACCAACAUGAACCAGCGCGUGGUUGGCUUGCAAGUCCUGCAACACGACGCCGCCACCCGCCGCCUGAUCGUGUCCGGCCCGCCCCAUAUUAACAUUGCUCCGCCCGGCUGGUACAUGCUGUUCCUGCUGAACGGGGACGUGUACGGCCAGAGUGAGUGGGUACGGCUGCCCGGGGACGCGCCGCGCCUGGACUCCUUCCUUGAGGCCUUCGAUGUAAAAGGCAAAACGAACCACCGCCUAUAAGUUUGUUUGAGCUAAUGUGUUCACUGAUGCCGGUUCAUGCGUGGCGUGUGUUGCUAGGGCUACAGUCAACAGCGCGUGCUAGACUUGCAUGUGUGUGUCCACACCUACUUGCUGUGACAUUACACGCACAUGAGCUUUGAGCGCAUCACAGCAGGCAACAAGCCACGGCACGCACACCUGCAUACGGAUUGCAAACAUUCAUUGGGAAUGGGACUGCGCUACUACUCAACUGGCGCAAGCACAGCUUGAUUCAUUCAUGACAAAGAGUUGGGGGCGGGCUGCCUACACUAUGGUUAGUGGCACCAUCGGAUUGGACCGGUGUGGCCUGCUGCGCAAUUGCGCUGCUGCCUUUCACUAUUGCAAAGGAUGCAUCCCUGGCUAGGCAUCAUGCAUGGAUGGCUGCUGCUUGUGCGCCCUCAUAGCAUGUAUUAGAUGAUUCUUAUAGCGUCACCUUCUGAAUUGAUUAUGUCUCCCUGACCGCCGACGUUUCUGCGCACUAGCUGUACAGCGGCGGUGAGGGUGGAUGGUGGAGGGGGACUGGUGUGCUGUGGCGCAGUGAUGCGUCGUGUAGGGGCGCGGCCAUCAUGGCGAGAGCAAUGGACGCGGGACGCCCCGCGCGCUGUGUGGGCGGGAUGCCUCCCACGACAGCCCAUGAACGAGGGUGCUGCAUACAGUUCAUUGCAGUGACUCCGCAACUUUGUUGGUAGUGUGCGUCCGUUUCCACCAUCGCCUUACUUUAAGCAGAACUAAGCAGACAGUAUAAGGGAAACUUCCAUAAAGGCUACCAGUUAGCCCGGUUAGAGUGUAGCGUACGGUAGCAAAGCGGAGCGGAGCGAGGUCAGGGGCUCAGCAUGGAGGCCGUACACGAUGGCCGAAGCGACUAGUGUUCUCUGCUCUCUGCAGUUCUCUCGGCAUUCUGCCUUCCCUGCAUUUGCAGCUCACACCGCUUCGUUGAGCGGUAUCGCCCUCAGGGGGAGGGGGUACAAAGCUCAUCAGAAUCUUACUCCAUGCUCAAAAUCAUAGAGCUUUAGGAGAGCACUACGCACGUACUUUAAUUUUGUCAGGGAUGGUACCGAAGUUCUGCGCCGGGGGUCGGUCGUCGGCCCGAGGGGUCCGCCGGGUUUCAGGAGCCCAUCCUGGCGGAUUUCAAGCAGAACUAGGGCCAAACGCAGCACCAUGUGGCUCAAGUAUGCAUGUUGUGCCGUAGUAAGCACAAAACAAAGCGUGGAAGGGCCAAGUUGCGCGUCCUGGCGUGGACAUGACGGCGCAUGUCCCCACAUGUCCCCACAUUCGACAUAUGCGGACUGACAUGGCGGGGCUCUCAAGCGCUGGUGCGAAUGAUUUCAUGUUUAGAAGGCUGCUGAUACACGCUGUCCAUACUUCAUAUGGCAGAGAGUUGAACGGGGGUUGGGCUGGGUCGAGGGGACUUCCAGGAUCCCGUGUGACCGAAGUCUCAGAACAGGACCGCCGAUGGCACAGCAUGAUAGCGCUCGAGUCGAUUGGCACCACUUUGGUUAUCAAUGGAGGGGUUGUAAACCUAAACGACA